UGCGUCCUGCAGGGCAGCCUGGAGGAUGGCCGGAUCAUUGACACGUCGCUCACACGGGACCCGCUCCAGGUGGAGCUGGGCAAGCGCCAAGUGAUCCCCGGGCUGGAGCAGAGUCUGCUGGACAUGUGCGUGGGGGAGAAGCGCAGAGCCAUCAUCCCCCCGCAUUUGGCAUAUGGCAAACGAGGUUCCCCCCCAACCAUCCCAGGCGAUGCCGUGCUCAGGUUCGAGGUGGAGCUUGUGGCCCUGAGCCGGGCCAGCUACUGGCAGAAGGUGCUGAACGACGUGUUGCCCCUCGUGUGCCUGGCGCUGCUCCCGGCGCUCCUGGGCCUCAUCGGCCUCCACCUCUACCGCAAAGCCAGCAGCCCCAAGCUCUCCAAGAAGAAGCUCAAGGAGGAGAAGAGGAACAAGGCCAAAAAGAAAUAAAACGGAGCCUUAGCA